GAUUGCCAUUGGACGUUUGUGGAAAAGGUCCCAUUACAUCUACUGACCACAGGUCGCCUACUGCUGUCACUGGGAUCGACUGCGGUGACGGUCGUAUAUGCUGAUCACCUUUCAUCAGCUGACAUUGCGCACACGCUGUUACGUACUUCUCGACGUCUUCUCUCAUACCUGGCCAGUACAUGCUUUUUCGCAGGAGAUCGUUCGUUCUGGCAACACCUGUGUGAGCUAGUUGGUGACAUUCCUGUAUCAUCUCUUGGCGCAGACACUGAGGUAUUACUGCUAAGCGGCUUCCGUCAUCAUUCCGCCACGUCAACAUUCCGCAGGUAUUCAAGUUUAGCCGGUCUUUUUGUUUGAGUAGGAGAUUUAGCUCACGCUUCGCUGUGGACUGAUUCACCUUUUUUUCGUUAGUUAUCACUUGUAUGACAGUUUUCAUGGUGUCGUCUGAUCUUUGACUCUGGACAUGUCUUGCUGGGUCCUGCUCUAAGGCAUUUACACCAUAUGCUAUUUCCGGUAACUCUACCUAUUCUGUUCUAGAUAAAAUAUCCGGUAACACAUUCUCUUCUCCUGGAACAUGAGAGAUCGUGAAAUCGUACUCUUGCAGGCGCAGCAUCCAUCGUGACAACUUCCCACGUGGGUCUCUGGCGGUCCUUAUCCACUGCAACGGCUUAUGAUCAGUCUCUACAUGGAAGCGUUGACCCAGUAAAUAAGGUCUCCAUUUGUCUAGCGCCCACACAAUCGCCAAACACUUCUUCUCAAUUGUUGAAUACUUCUGUUCUGUGUGCGUUAAAACACGGCUGGCGUACUCGACGACUCCGUCACCCUGUCUGAGUACUGCACCUAUUCCGUAAUAGCUAGCGUCGGUAGACACUAUGAACGGCUCUCCCGGUACCGGUAGUCGCAGCGUCAUUCUCUGGUGAUCCAUCAGCUGUUUGAUGUGGUCAAAUACUCUGCGAGUCUUCGGACCAGACAAACUUUGACUCGCCUAAUAGCCGGUAGUCGGUCGGUAUCAUCAUCUAACUUGAACACUUUUGACAACACAACCUACUUAAAAACUCUUCGCAGAAAUUCACAUAAUAAAUAAUAAUUCAUCCACUACAACUCUACCUCCUUACAGAUUACGCCAAUCAUCUUUAUUUUUAUCAGAUGUGUAUAUUGACUACUGAAAAAUUUGUAGUGCCACUUAAUGCUUCUCAUAGUAACAUAAAUAAGACUCACUGUGUGGCUGGUUCUCCUCGCGAGAUUUAUUAGUCGUAUAUAAAAAGAGACAUUCACCGGCACAAGAAAAUCAAAUAGCAGAGAGAUGAGGUCAUAUUUGGUUAGACCACCACUAGCAGUUAUUUUCCAACCUGUUCCAUACUAUGUCAGAUAACACUACCCAUCGAAGAAGGAGAUAGCUAGGCCUCAUGCAUGAGUGACACAUGCCUAACAAUCUCAAUUGGUGUAACUUCCCUCCAAAAGUCAUCAUUUCCAAACGAUGCUGACACUUUAAAACGUUGCAAAGUAGUUAACAAACUGAUCGUCCAUAAGGAAGAUAACAAUGAAGACAGCUGCCUUAAACCAGAUGAAUCAGUGAAUAUCGAAGAAAAUAACUCUUUUCCUGAGUGGCAAUGAUGUGUAAUGAUGUGUACCAUCGCUUCCUUGUAACAAAUGGUUUGGAAUCAGUUAACAGUGUUGAUAUGACUGUAAUUUAUCCUGCUGAGUCACAUCACUUUGCAAAAUUUACCGGUUCUGGUCGUCAUAUCAUUCAGGAAACUCCAGAAAUGUUUAAAGACGUUAUUCUUCCUUUCUUGUCUGAAAAGCCUAAAGACCUCACUUGGAUUGAUAAUAUAAUAUCAGGAACCGCUGAACAAGACCGUGUUCUUUACACUGGUGUACAUGAAGAGUAUGGUUUCACACUAGUACUGGACUAUCAGUGGGAUGGAACACGCUUGCAAGAACUCCAUUGCCUAGGUAUUGCUCAUAAUGAAAAGCUAACAUGCCUACGUGAUCUGCGUCGUUGUCAUGUUCCAAUGUUGAGAAAGAUUUUGCAGCAGGGACGCAAUCUGCUUUCUGAUAAAUACAGCAAGCCGGAUGUUUCCGAUAAUCAAACGUGCCAUAAUGGUCCUAAAGUUCGUCUAUCAAAAGAUCAAAUUCUUGCAUAUUUACAUUAUCCACCAACUUUUUAUAGGCUUCAUGUUCAUUUCAUGCAUGUAGAUUCAGGAGAUAGUGGCACUAUCGCAGGCAGAGCCCAUAUACUAGAAGAAAUUAUCCGUAAUCUUGAACAAGAUGAUUUUUAUUAUGCUAACCGUACAAUCACUAUCUUUUCACAUGAUCAAAGUCCUAUGUACAAAGCUAUUUGUGCAGGUCGUCCCCUAGAAUCUACUGAAGAUUCAGUAACUGAGUAA